AUUCUUAAAACGUAAUACUAUCUAGUGUUUAAUUUUAUCGAAACCAUAAAGCAAUGAAAAUAUUUGGUGCUCUGGCUAUUAUGGCCUUUCUGUCCACUGUGAAGGCAGAGAAUUUGGAAGAAGCCCCAACAUUGGAAGGGAACACAAGUGGGGUUAGUAAGUUUGACCCGAUUGCUCUGGCGGUAAAUGUAACAAUUAAUAAAAUGGUUUCAAAAUUACCAGAACCUAUUAACCUAUCAACUUUGAGUUAUGCUAUUGAUAACAAAUUUAUCAAGGGAAAUGUUUCGGUGGAGAGUAUAUCAAUAGCUGGAUUAAAAAAGUUGAUAGCAACUGCUAUCAAGGUAAAAGUAAUACCAAUAAAUGCUGAUUUGACAUUCUCUUUGCCAAGUUUAAACUUGGUCGCAACGAAUUACAAUAUUGAUUUGACAAUUUUAAACAAAAUUCCAUUGUCCUUUAAGGGAAACAUGGGAUUUUCCGUUGAUGCAUUGGAAUUCUUAGUUAUUGCUGAUGUUUUUUUAAACAAGACAAUACAUGACUUGCAAAUUUGCAUGAAUAUGAAUGAUUUUAAAUUCGACAUAACCGGUCUUUACAACGAGGCUUUGAGCAACUUUGUUAGCAAAACUCUUACCGAAACAAUAGCUCCAUUUGCAAAUGAAUAUGCAGCCCUAAUUACCGAAGUUAUCAGCCCCAUAUUGAAGAGCAUCAUCAAUAGUAACACAAAAACCAUCCUGGUUAAUUUUGAAGGCACAGAUAUACUCAACACAGAAUAUGAUGUUUAAAUUUGAAUAAAAUAAAUUAUUUUUUGUUUUAUUGUAAUUGUACCUAUAAAUUAUUAAUUAUAUAA